UCCAGAGCAAAGAAGGCGCAGGCGGAGGGAAUAAGCGGGCGCUGCAGCGAGGAAGAGGAGCAGGGCUCAGUCCUUGGCCGCCCAGAGCCAGAAACCAAGCGGCGGAGACGCUCUUUGGGACUUACUCGCUCGGGGUCCGACGCCGCUCGCCAAUCCCCCCACCCGAGAAAGGAUUUGGGUGGCUUUCCUCCCGUGCAAAGGACAUACCUGCCUUGGGCGCCGGUCGCACGCAGCUUGGGCUUCGGAGCCUCCUUCUGCAAAGGUCUCUGUUGCUGUCUUUGGGGCUUUGCCAUGGAGCUCUCCAGCGGACUCUUUCUGCUCCUGAUGCUGGGCGUCCACGCCAAUAACCGGAUCCCAGAGCCUGGCGAUGACAACAGUGUUUUUGAUCUCUUUGAACUCAUUGGCUUUGGUCGCAAGGGAGCAGCCCGGAAAGCAGCGGGUGUCCACCCGGUGAAGGGACCAGAGAUUUCCAGCCCUGCCUACCGCAUUGAGGAUGCCAACCGCAUCCCUGCAAUCCCUGACCACAAAUUCCAAGACAUUCUGUACGCCAUCCAAGCUGAGAAGGGCUUCAUCCUAUUAGCUAACCUUCGCCCAGUGAAGAAGAGCCCUGGCACCCUGCUGGCCGUGGAGCGCAAGGACAACUCCGGCCAUGUCUUCAAGCUGGUGCUGAACGGCAAGGCAAAAACCUUGGACCUGAGUAUCUUUCCCAAGGAAGGCAACCAGUCUCUGGUCUCAGUGGAGGAUGUGGAGCUGCCCCACGCCCAGUGGAACAACAUCACCCUCUUGGUCGAAGAAGAUCAGGCUCAGCUUUAUGUGGGAUGUGAGAAAAUGGUGAACGCCGAGCUGGAAAUCCCUAUUCAGAACAUCUUCACCAGAGACUUGGCCAGCAGUGCCAGACUCCGCAUUGCCAAAGGAGGAUUCAAUGACAACUUCCAGGGCAUGUUGCAGAAUGUGCGCUUUGUGUUUGGAACCACACUAGAAACCAUCCUAAGGAACAAAGGCUGUGAGAGCUCUACAAGGACCAUCAUUAAGUUGGACAAUCCCAUAAAUGGUUCCCGCCCAGCCAUUCGUACCAAUUACAUUGGCCAUAAAACAAAAGACAUCCAGGCAAUCUGUGGAUUCACCUGUGACGAACUGACCAAUGUAUUUGUGGAACUGCAAAGCUUGCGUGCUCUGGUUACAACACUUCAGGAUUCAGUUCACAAAGUAAAUGGCGUCAUGGAAUUAGUGAGGGGCCCGUUCGCAAUAAGUCCUGGAGCUUGCCUUCAUAACCAAGUUGUGUACCAAAACACAGCUGAAUGGACCACAGAUAGCUGUACUACAUGCACUUGCCAGAAUUCUGUCGUUAUCUGCCACAAAGUGUCAUGCCCUCUUAUGCCUUGUUCUAAUGCCACUGUUCCUGAUGGAGAAUGCUGCCCAAGAUGUUGGCUCAGUGACUCUGCAGAAGAUAUUUGGUCUCCUUGGUCUGAGUGGACAACGUGCUCCGCAACAUGUGGAAAUGGAAUACAGCAGAGAGGACGCUCUUGUGACAGAAUCAACCACCGCUGCGAAGGCUCUUCCGUGCAAACACGAAUCUGCAACAUGCAGGAAUGUGAUAAGAGAUUCAGACAAAAUGGUGCCUGGAGCCACUGGUCCCCUUGGUCUUCCUGCUCUGUCACUUGUGGAAGUGGCGUGAUCACCAGAAUCCGCCUGUGCAACUCUCCUCUUCCUCAGAUGGGUGGCAAAGAGUGUGAAGGAGAAGCAAGAGAAAACGUGCCUUGCGAGAAAAGCCCUUGUCCAAUCAAUGGAAACUGGGGACCAUGGUCACCAUGGGAUGCCUGUCCAGUCACUUGUGGAGGGGGUGUUCAGAAGCGUGGCCGUCUCUGCAACAAUCCUGAACCCCAGUAUGGAGGGAAGGAUUGUAUUGGUGAAGUUUCUGAUACCCAGAUCUGCAACAAGCAGAAUUGCCCAAUUGAUGGGUGCCUCUCUAAUCCUUGCUUUGCGGGAACAACAUGUACCAGUUUUCCUGAUGGUUCCUGGAAAUGUGGUGCUUGCCCUGCUGGCUAUCAUGGAAAUGGUGUCAAAUGCAAGGAUAUUGAUGAGUGUAAAGAGGUCCCAGAUGCCUGCUUUGUCUUGGGUGGAGUGCACAGGUGUGAGAAUACUGAGCCCGGGUACAACUGUCUGCCUUGCCCACCACGUUUUACUGGAACGCAGCCCUUUGGCCGAGGGGUGGAUCAUGCAAUAGCCAACAAGCAGGUCUGCAAACCACGUAAUCCCUGUACUGAUGGAACUCAUGACUGUAACAAGCAUGCCCGGUGUAUUUACCUUGGCCACUUCAGUGACCCCAUGUACCGCUGCGAAUGUAAACCAGGCUACGCUGGCAAUGGCAAUAUCUGUGGAGAAGACACAGACUUGGAUGGAUGGCCAAAUGAGAACCUUGUCUGUGUUGCCAAUGCAACUUACCAUUGCAAUAAAGAUAACUGCCCGAACCUUCCCAAUUCUGGACAGGAAGAUUAUGAUAAAGAUGGAAUUGGUGAUGCUUGUGACAGUGAUGAUGAUAAUGACAACAUCUCUGAUGACAGGGACAACUGCCCAUUCAUUUACAACCCACAGCAAUAUGACUAUGAUAGGGAUGAUGUUGGUGACCGCUGUGAUAACUGUCCCUACAAUCACAACCCUGACCAGAUAGAUACAGAUAAUAAUGGAGAAGGAGAUGCUUGUGCUGUGGAUAUUGAUGGUGAUGGCAUUCUUAAUGAAAGAGACAACUGCCAGUAUGUGUACAAUGUGGAUCAGAAAGAUACAGACUUAGAUGGUGUUGGUGAUCAAUGUGACAACUGCCCUAUGGAACACAAUCCUGAACAGACGGAUUCCGACUCUGACCGCAUUGGUGACACAUGUGAUAGCAACCAGGACAUUGAUGAAGAUGGCCAUCAAAAUAAUCUUGAUAACUGCCCCUAUGUGCCCAAUGCUAACCAAGCCGACCAUGACAAAGAUGGGAAAGGUGAUGCCUGUGACCAUGAUGAUGACAACGAUGGCAUCCCAGAUGAUAAGGAUAAUUGUAGACUUGUUCCCAACCCGGACCAGCUUGAUUCAGAUGGUGAUGGACGUGGAGAUGCAUGCAAAGAUGACUUUGACAAAGAUAAUGUCCUAGAUAUUGAUGACAUCUGCCCAGAGAAUGUUGACAUCAGUGAGACAGACUUCCGCCGAUUUCAGAUGAUUCCCCUGGAUCCUAAGGGAACAUCUCAAAAUGAUCCAAACUGGGUUGUUCGUCAUCAAGGCAAAGAAUUGGUUCAGACUGUCAACUGUGAUCCUGGACUUGCAGUUGGUUUCGAUGAAUUUAAUGCUGUUGAUUUCAGUGGCACAUUCUUCAUUAAUACAGACAGGGAUGAUGACUAUGCAGGCUUUGUGUUUGGUUAUCAGUCCAGCAGCCGUUUUUAUGUAGUCAUGUGGAAACAAGUGACACAGACCUAUUGGGACAUACAGCCAACCAAAGCUCAGGGAUAUUCAGGUCUUUCUAUCAAAGUAGUGAAUUCCACCACUGGUCCUGGAACACACCUUCGUAAUGCACUGUGGCACACUGGAAAUACAGCUGGACAGGUGCGAACUCUGUGGCAUGACCCUCGUCAUAUAGGCUGGAAAGACUUCACUGCCUACAGAUGGCGUCUCAGUCACAGACCAAAGACUGGCUACAUUCGGGUUGUAAUGUAUGAAGGAAAGAAGAUCAUGGCUGACUCUGGUCCCAUCUAUGACAAAACCUAUGCUGGUGGUCGGUUAGGAUUAUUUGUCUUCUCUCAAGAAAUGGUGUUCUUCUCGGAUCUUAAAUAUGAAUGUAGAGAUCCAUGAUCACAAGGCGUUUGACACAGAGAGAUUAUUUCUAAAUGCUGAUAUUGCACCUUCCAAAAUGUUUAGUUUCUACAAACCUUGGGACCAUUUCUUUUUGCUCUUUCCUUUCUUCUGACUGAAAAUACAUGACCUGCCUCAAGAUGCUUUUGAGAGAGAGAAAAAGAAAGAGAAAACGACGAAGUACACUUCCUAUCUGACCUCUGUUGGCACAGAAGAAAACAAAUGUAUUCCAUGAAUAAGAACAUUCUUUGCCUCAGGAGCAAAUAGUCACUUCUGUAAGAAAGGCAUUUGUCUAACUGGGCAUUGCUCUGUCUCUCUCUAACUGGAGGUCCAAUGGAGUAGCACUUUUGUAGUAAGAACAUUUGUAUGACGUGUUGUGGACUACUUAUACAUUAACUAUACACUUCAGUUAAUAGAAGAGGGACAGGAGAAAGACUAGCAGAAACUGAAGGCAAUUGCCUCACCAUUUGCAGUGGGGAAUAUGCUCCCAAUGGCUUAUAUCCAGGAAAAUUGGAGGGACUGUUACAUACCUGUUGAACAAUGUGGUCCUAUAUGCAUUUGCUCAGAUGCAAGUUCUGGCAAAUUCAAACGGGGCUUAUUCCUACAUAAUUUUGCAUAGGAUCACAGCCUAACACUUUUUUGGUUAAUAGUGAAUGACUUUGCUCAAUUGUAUAGGAAAAGUAGCUGCAGUAACUGGCUAGCCCCAUUCAGCAUUUAACAUUUUUGUGAGGCAGAAGGAAUAACAACAUGGGCACACUGGAGUGUAUCAGCUUGGACAGGAAGAGUUUUCAGGAGAACAGAUGGGAAAAGCAAGUUUACAUGUGCCGCUGCCUGAUAACACAGAUUUGAUGCAAGAGGUGGCUAGUAUAGAUGUAGCAAGAACCUUAAGGUGCUGAAACGCACCUUCAUCUCAUCUUAGCACUUGUAUUGGCCUUCCAAGAACUAUGUUUGUUUUCGCUUUUAUUAUGGUUACAAAGGCACAAAAAGUGACAAAUACAAUUAAAUUGAAAAUCAUUUUUUCUACAAAAUGCAGUGGAGUGUUUUUUAAAAAUACUUUUUGAAAACAUUGAUUUUUGUAGAAAUGGAAAUGUAGAUAAAAAAUGUAAAAUAUUUAUUUUUUACCUAUCCUGUCGGUUAUGCAUAACGAAGGAGUAUGGAGUGAAACAGAAAGAAUGCGUCAAGACUAUCCAUUUAAUCAUUUUGCUAUAUGUCUCCAUGACGUCACAUUGUAAAUACAGGUUAUUUAUUUUUCUAUCAUGAAUCUAGAUAUCUAUAGGAAAAAACAGUUUAGUUGCAAAUUGUAACUUUUCCAUAAACAAUAUGAGGCAUAGAAAAACAGCAGCUUUGGGGAAGGCAGUGGAUUUAAAUUUUGUUCUUAGUACAUUUGUCUUUCUUCCUCUGUAGAAGGCAGCUGACAAAACCCCAGAGCCAAUUGCUAAACCGGAAUAGUAGUUGGAUUCCGGCCACAGUUUCCUAGUCAGUUGCUUAGAGCUCCAAUGCCAAACCAUUGUUGGCUGUCCUAGAAAGGAGACGAGAUAGCUUUUAUGCCGAUGCUGGGCACUGUCCAUUGAUAGUCUACUCAUUUUAACAGAAUUUGCACAGGAGUGGAUUGUUGUAUUGAUCACCUUUGUGAUAGUGCUAUAUGUCAGUGUGCCAGACAAAGAAAUCCCUCCCCUGUGGAGGCUGCAGACUAAAGGAAGAAAUGGCAUGAGAAUGAUUUGAUUUUUUCAGAUCACACAUCCUGGUUCCCAAAGAGAAGUGUCUCAUAGGUGGGAUUUCAGGAACAUUAUUGUGGUACAAGGAGCAGCAUAAGUUUAUCCACAGACUUUCUCUUACUAGGAAAAAAAGAAUGUCAAAGGUGAAACUUUAAUGUACAAAUAUUACCUCAUUGUUGUGUGACUGAGAAAAGGAAAACAAAACCUUUGGAUUAAGAAGAGUUUAAAUAUCUAACAAAUUUAAAGCUACUGUAGUAUUAAGGAGAGAAAAGAUUGCAAGCUGUACAUAGUAAAAAUGUUUUUAGAGAAACACAUUUUCCCAAGUAAGAAAAAGAGCAUUGAAGCAAUGCUGAGAAUGAUUUAUGAUAUUUUUUGUUAGAUUGGUUUUCCCCUGUCAUCUUGUACACAGUUUCUUGUAUUUUGUAUAAAUUAUUUUUUCAUUACUGUUGGAACAGGUAAUCUCCUAUUUGUGUAGAUAUGCUAUUUAAAUAAUUUAUCAGGAAAUGCUACCUGUAGAGCUGUAGUGUUUCUAUUUUUAUAAAACAUUUGCACACUGAAUUGAAUAAUUGUUUGCUUCCCAUUCCCAGUGUUGUUGCUAUUAGUAUAUACUUUUUUCUAAAAAUGAGCAUAUUUUGUACACUUGUAAACCAUUUUACAUCUUUAAAGUUGUGUAAAUUGUACCAUAAAUGUUUCCUGCAUACAUGAAACAAUAAACAAAUACAGAAAUCUAUAUUUACAA